UAUGUACAUGAAAAAUGUUGUCAUUCAGUUAAUUUUUUAUAUUAUAUUUUUGUAAUAAUUGUGCUUCAUAGUUAUUUUGUAGUGCGUAAACAAGUAAUUGAAUAUAAACAAUAUCUAAACGCAGUUCUUGCAAUUUUUUAAAAUAUUUUGUUGUGUUUUUAAUUAAAUAAUAUUUAUUAUUUAUAUUCCCAUUAUAAUAUUUAGCGAUGAGAUUGUAUACUACCCCCAAUAAAUGGAAAUUCACAGUGGCUUUUUUAUUUAGCUUCUUCACACUUACGAUAAUAACUUUGUUACUUCUAAGGCAAGAUACGAACUGGACCAUCGAACCAUAUAAACUGGAUAAUUUCGAAGUAGUAGAAGAUCCACUAGAAGCGGUAAAAGUAAGCCACUGGUGGUCUCUCCGAAAUGCUACGAACUUUUCAGUGUUAGGAGAAAUACUAUUUUUAAACAAACCACCUCCAAACAUUAACAAUAGGUCUAAAAAUUAUCAGAUUUUAAUCUGGAAACAUGGGCCUAGUUUGGAAAAUCGCCAUAUUAAACAUUUUUCGGAUAAAAGUGUAGACCCUUUUGAGUACUGUUCAGUAAAAAAUUGCGAAAUAACAUACAAAGACAGUGAUAUUGUCAGUUCGGAUAUAGUUAUAUUCCAUAUGCAUAAAACCAGAAGUAAAAACGAGUUACCUAAAGAUAGGAACCCUAAGCAAAUAUGGGCAUUUUUGACAGACGAAAGCCCGUAUCAUACAUUUUAUCCUCCUGGUCCAAAACUUACUGAUUUUAAUGGAAUUUUUAAUUGGUCUAUGACAUACAGAAUGGAUUCAGACAUUCCAGUACCAUACGGCCGCACAGUUUUAAGAAAAACAAAUGAAACAGUAAGUGACUCUAACAUGCUUUUACUAAAAAGGCGGGAUGUGUUGGUGGCUAUUUUGGGCUCGAACUGUGGUGGUCAGAACCACCGAUGGGAAUACGUACGAAAACUGGAGCAGUACAUUGAAGUUCAUAGUUUUGGAGAAUGUGGCAAUUUUAAAACUGCAUGUCCAGGUCAUUUUGGUGCAGAUUGUCCAGAGCUCAACAGCUACAUCUUUUAUCUUUCCUUCGAAAAUUCCAACUGUGACGAGUAUGUAACUGAAAAACUCUGGUGGAACGCUUUCCAUAAAAACGCAAUACCAAUAGUCAUGGGCUCAAGUCCUAAAACUUACAAAACACUAUUACCGUUGAAUUCCUACAUUAAUAUCGAUGACUUUGCAAGCCCCCGUGAUUUGGCUCAAUACCUACUCAGAUUAAAUGAAACAGAGGAGUUUAAAAGUUUCUAUAACUGGAGAUGUGAGUUUGAAAUUUUUAAUGAACAUGGGUAUUUCCAGAGCAGAUCUUACCAUUACUGCAGGAUAUGCGAGGCUUUGAAUUAUAAUGAUAGAACUCCAAAAGUGUAUGGGAAUUUAGAUGAGUUUUGGAGCGUAAACAGAGAUUGCCAUUUGCCUUGGGAUAGUUGGAAUGAUGAUGAUUAAGAAAAGAUAUGUGAUUUCUUGAAAUAUAUUUAUUACAGUUUUAGCUGUGCUCGUCAAUAAAGUACAAGGCUGUCUACUCUGUAUAUAUUAAAGUAAGUUUUAUAUUAAUAACUUUAAAUCUACAGUUCAUGAUAAUGAAAAAUACAUAAUUGAAUGAUA